AUGCGCUUCGCAAUUGGUGCCACUGUUGCGCUCGCUGCCGCUUUUGUGCGCGCAGACGAUGCCAGUUCUUCGGAGGCCGAAUCAUCAACUUCGACCUCUGUUUCGAAGCCUACCUUUACUCCUACCAAACUCAAAGCCCCCUUCCUAGAACAAUUCACCGACGACUGGGAAUCCCGAUGGAAGCCCUCGCACGCAAAGAAGGAUGUCAAGGCCGACGACGAGGAGUGGGCGUAUGUUGGCACUUGGUCGGUUGAAGAGCCUUCUGUGCUGAAGGGCAUGGAGGGUGACAAGGGACUGGUCAUCAAAGACAAGGCUGCUCACCACGCCAUUUCCUCCAAGUUCCCCAAGGCCAUUGACAACAAGGAUAACACCCUUGUAGUUCAGUAUGAGGUCAAGCUCCAGAACGGCUUGGAGUGCGGUGGUGCGUACAUGAAGCUCCUCCAGGACAACAAGGCUCUCCACGCGGAAGAGUUCUCCAACAGCUCCCCCUACGUCAUCAUGUUCGGCCCUGAUAAGUGCGGUGCCACCAACAAGGUACACUUUAUCUUCCGUCACAAGAACCCCAAGACCGGCGAAUACGAGGAGAAGCACCUCAAGAAUCCCCCAAUGGCCCGCAUUGUUAAGACCACCACCCUCUACACUCUCAUCGUCAAGCCCGACAACAGCUUCGAGAUCAAGAUCGACGGCGAGUCCACCCGCAACGGCACCCUUCACGAGGACUUCACCCCCUCCGUCAACCCCGAUGAGGAGAUUGACGAUCCCAACGACAAGAAGCCUGAAGAUUGGGUUGACGAGGCCCGCAUCGCUGACCCCGAGGCCAAAAAGCCCGAGGACUGGGACGAGGACGCGCCUUUCGAGAUUGUCGAUGAGGAGGCUACCAAGCCUGCGGACUGGCUCGAGGACGAGCCCACCACGAUUCCCGACCCGGAGGCUGAGAAGCCCGAAGAUUGGGAUGACGAGGAAGAUGGUGACUGGAUCCCUCCUACGGUUCCCAACACCAAGUGUGAUGAAGUCUCUGGCUGCGGCAAGUGGGCGCCUCCUAUGAUCAAGAACCCUGCCUACAAGGGCAAGUGGAGCGCUCCGUUCAUCGACAACCCGGCCUACAAGGGUGUCUGGGCUCCCCAGAAGAUCAAGAACCCUGACUACUUUGAGGACAAGACGCCGGCCAAGUUCGAGCCCAUUGGCGCUAUUGGAUUUGAAAUCUGGACUAUGCAGAACGACAUCCUCUUUGACAACAUCUACAUUGGCCACUCCAUCGACGACGCCGAGAAGCUCAAGGCCGAGACUUUCGACCUUAAGCACGCCGCAGAGAAGGCUGACGAGGAGGCCAACAAGCCCAAGCCUGAGGAUACUCCCAAGUCGCCCUCUGAUCUCUCCUUCAAGGACGACCCAGUCACCUAUGUCAAGGAGAAGGUCACUACCUUUAUUGAGAUUGCCAAGCGUGAUCCUGUCGAGGCUAUCAAGUUUGUUCCUGAGGUUGCAGGUGGUAUCGGUGUGCUAGCUGUCACGAUUCUUGUCCUCCUUGCCUCCGUUCUCGUUGGCUCUGGUGCCGCUCCUUCGCAAGAGCAGCUCAAGGCUCAGGCAGAGAAGGCUAAGAAGGCGGCUGUCGACGCCAAAGACAAGGCCGCUGAGGCUGUGGCUACCGGAGCUGAGAAGGCUCAGGCCGAGGUCAACAAGCGCACUACCCGUUCCACUGCUUCGUAG